AUGACCUUGUAUUCGACAAAGACCACAGGACGUGUGUGGGUGAGUGCUGCUGUGUGGGUGAGUGCAGGAGUGUGGGUGAGUGCUGGAGUGUGGGUGAGUGCUGGAGUGUCGGUGAGUGCUGCUGUGUGGGUGAGUGUUGGAGUCUGGCAUGCGUGUGGUGGUGUGUGUGCGUCUAACCCCCUUGCCCUGCCCUGCAUCACCUUGAAACCACUCAUGACUCCCACUACAGAGCCCAAGUGUGACAGGGAUUGCGGCCACGAUGCUACCUGCAUUGUGCUUGCUGAUGGUACCUUUGGCUGCUCAUGCGUCAACAAGGAAUUUACCUUGUGUGAAGCUGACAAGACGUGCUUUGGUCCGUUGCUGCAGACGGUGGUGCAGCUGCCCAAGUCCCGCGAGAAGCUCACCUUCCCCACCUCGGCGCCGCCACAGCAGCUCACUGGCACCACCACGUGCCGCAACGUGAGCGCCAGCAUUGGAGGCAACGCCAAGGUCACGGUCAUGUGGGAUGCGAACCUAGGUGCGGCUGGCAUCGGCAUGUGCAAGAGGCUGACGUUCUACUCCAAGGCGGGCUGCAAGGGCCACCCGGCCACGUGUCACAAGGAUUGUGGAGCUGCUGAGUGCGUUGUGAAGGAGGGCCAGCAGCAGUGCCAGUGCCCCAAGGGCCUCGUGUUCAACGCAGCCAUGAAGCUCUGCCGUGCUGCUCCUCCUCCAAAGUGCAAGCCUGCGUGCACUGAAAAUGCCCAAUGCAUGUUGGAGGGAGGGAAGUCGGUGUGUCGGUGCAAGAAGGGGUUCAAAAUGGUGAACAGCAAGUGCACAA